AUGAUGGGAGACAGUAGCCCUCGAAAUCCAGCAAAAGUGCUGCCAUACUUCAUCUGUGACACAAUGUCGGACAUUGUUGGAUUGCUGCUGUGUGGUGUAACUAUCUAUGGAGUACUAAGUUCGAAAAAAAUAUUCCCUAUAUUCACUUUCAUAGCUACAGUAUUCUGCUCAGCCACUUCCUUAUUGCUGUUACAAGAUCUAGGCUUGAAUAUCCUACUGCUCGACUAUCUAUUGAACGAUUUCUCUUUCAAAAUUCCAAGUUGGCAACAGAAUUUGUCAUUGUUUCUUGCUGGCCUCAUAAGAUUUGUCAGAUUCUUUUUGACCAUGCUUCAAAUGUUGAUGACCGUAAAUCGCCUUUGUGCCGUAUUACUUGUGACUAGAUAUCAGCGCAUCUUUACGUUUCGAAACACCAUCACCGCCGUCGUAGUGUUCCUUCUUCUGAGCGCACCACCGUUGCCAAUCUUCAUUUUUCGACUUGGUGGCUGUACUGCUUACUUUGUUCCCGAAGUUCUUGGAUACCGUUAUGCUUCUUCUAAAUGUGUAAGCACCAUAGAUUUCAUUCUGGCCAUCUUUCGUCUCACAAUGUUCAGUAUCAUUAUAACUAUAGACUGUGCUGUUUGCUAUAUUCAGUACAGGAGAAGAAACAAAAACCGCAACGCACAAGGAAAGCAAGGAUCACAGUCUGCCGAGCUGCAGUUUGUACUGAUGACCGUCAUACUUGCAGCUCUUAGCGGAUUGAGCACAGUACUACGCAAGUUGGUUGAUCAUAUGGACUGGAUCACAGUCGGAUUCAUCAAUCGACAGAUACGAAAGGAAGUUCUUGACUUGUUAUGCUUUUGGAAACGGAAACAAACCAUGCGAUUGGUCACGAGUAUGCCAAAUGUCGCCCAUAUGCGAGUGAUGAAACAUCACUGUUUAAUGCCGUCGUCGAGAAGGAAAACCUAUGCGAAUAUUCAGCCAUGUCGAUGCAAAGUGGACAACACUUGA